AUACGAACAUCAUCUCUUGAUGGUUUGUGUCCAAAUUAAACCCAAAACAAUUAUGUAUCUUCCUUUACAGGAAAGUCCAAAUCCUCCAUUAUUGCUUUGAUUUUACAGGUUACUUGUUGAGUUGUGAUUACCAAGAUACAAGUUUGUAAUCUUCACUAUGAUUGAAAUAAAAAGAUAACAAAUAACUCACAUUUGAUUGGUUUCUGUUUCUGCAAGGUGCCAUAUCAAUAAACUAUGGAAACCCUAGAUAUCAUCUACUCUAUAUAUCAUUGGCUUUCUUCUCCGUUGGAGUUCUUAAGGUGCUUUUUCAAUGGCAAACACAACUCAACCUGCCAGAAGUUGCGUUCUGAGAGUUGGAAUCAAGUGCUGCAAAGGUUGCCAGACAAAUGCAAAGAGAAAGUUACUCAGUGUUUCUGGGGUGAGUGCAGUUGAGUAUAACGCAGAACAAGGGCUCCUAAGAGUCUCAGGUGACCCCAACCCAGCUAAGCUGCUUCGCAAGCUUGCCAAAUGGGACAAAAACGCAGAGCUUGUCUCUCUUCCUGGUGAAGUCUCUGCCCCCGCUCCUAGAACCCCUCAACUUUACCAGACCAAGAGGAUGGGGAAGAGGACACCAAAGUGUUUUCUUCUGAGGUGUUUCGGGACUAAGGAAAAGGUUGAGCCUUAUGGAGUAGCAGGGGAUGAAAACGGCAGCGCAACGCCCUUCAUCAACACUGUUGCGCCUCCAAUGGUGUAUCCUCCUCCUCAACCAACGCCUGGCUUCGCGACACCCAUACCAUACCCUCCUCCCUGUUUUGGGGCAAACCAACCACCAUACACAUACACUUCUGGUGGUAUGUACCAGUCACCUCCACCAACUUUCCAGUUAAGAAAGACGCAGUUUCCACAGAUGGUCAACUACCCGCACCACUGAGCUAGAAAAAACAGACGCAUGCCUGCUUCUUUUCUCUUGAAUGAAUCCACACAAGCAAUUCAAAAGCAUCCAGAAUAUUUGUCUAGGCGAUUGCCAUGCCUACAGCCUAUUUUUGGUUAUGAAUAUGCCUAAUAAGAGAUUCAUAUUGAACAACAGCAACAACAAUUUUUUUUUUUGGUCAAAGACAGUAUAAAGUUAAUAAAUAAUAAAAUCCAAAGAUAAAAUAUAUCCAUUUCCUAUUGGAAACAUGUGAUUAAUAUAGAGUUUGUGUCUGUUUGCUAAAUUGAUGAAUAUUAGCUGAACUAGUGGAAUAUUUUAUUAAAACCAUUGAAAACAAUUCGUGCUAAUCGCAGCAUAUCCGUGAAUCCAAAAAAGUUAGCAAAAGCUGAUGGAGAGUGACCUAAUUAGUUUUGAGAAUCUUCUGUAUAUUAAUCUUUAGCGCGCGUACAUGGAAGAGAUUACACGGUUCCUAUAUACUAUGAUCUCUUGCUGAGUGCUGAUUCUCGUUUUAUACCCUAAAAUUAUACAAAAAAAAACAAAACAAAUGCAGAAGAAAGAAAGAAAA